CACUCAUCAAAACAAUGUUAAUGUAAUGCGUGACGGGAAAGGUUGUAUGUUUUCAUGAAUUUACAAAUGUGUUCUCAUAUAAAUGGCGUAAUCUGUUAAGAAUUGAAAAUUUGGAUGAUUAGAUUUCUAAAAAUGUAUCCAGAGUGUGACUUCAAGAUGACAGAAAGGACGAAAUUCAGCUCUAGAUCUCGUCAGAACUGUCGGAUUAGCAUUUCAAGAUGGAGGUCGCACUUUCCUCUUACAUAUUAUGUGUUCUUGUGCAGUAUGUUAAUUUUUCAAAAUGUGAUUUUUGUAAGUUGUGAAAACGCCAUAUAUACAGCUAAAGUUAAUGUAACUUAUUACGAUGACAUAAAGAACAGCAAAUCUUCUGUUUGGGAGAUGGGGGUGUUUGGAAAUGAUGAAACCUCAAGGGUACAUUCAGCGCCUGGACUUUUGGUGCAUGUGCGUACAGGGGAUAAUAAAACAGAUGCAUGUAACCCAAUAACUAAUGCCCCCAGUAAUAAGCGAUGGGUGGCCUUAGUUCAGAGAGGGUCAUGCACUUUGCCACAGAAAGUUCAGACAUGUUAUUUGGCAAAUGCAUCAGCAGUUAUCAUAUAUGACAAUGAGGAACCCAAGUCUUCAAGUGACUACUCAGCUUAUAAUCUGAAAGGUAACAUAUUGGCCAUCUUUGUCACCAAAUCGGAUGGGCACAAGCUACUGGGUAUCAUGAAGGAUCACAAAGAGGUAAAUGUGCAGAUUUUGGAGGGUCAUUUGAAGAAUGUGAAGAGUAAUACGGACCCCUCCACCCCUACCAACAUCAGCAAGACCUCAGUCAUGUUUGUCUCCAUCUCCUUCGUGGUUCUCAUGAUCAUCUCCCUGGCUUGGCUGGUCUUCUAUUACAUUCAACGAUUCCGAUAUGCACAUGCCAAAGAAAGACUUUCAAGACGUCUAGCCAGCGCUGCCAAAAAAGCCAUUGCCAAGAUUCCUCAGAGAACUCUCAAAGGAGGCGACAAGGAAUUGGAUCCCGAGUUUGAUCAGUGUGCAGUGUGUAUUGAAGGAUACAAGACUUCAGAUGUUGUCAGAACAUUGCCAUGCAAACAUAUUUUUCACAAGUCCUGUGUGGAUCCUUGGUUAUUAGAUCAAAGAAGCUGUCCAAUGUGUAAGCUGGACAUAUUGAGGGCGUACGGGAUGCACGUUAGUCAUUUAAACAGCAGCCAAGAGUCUGUGCAUGCUGAGCCUGAUAGUAAUGAGCUAACAGCUUCUGGACUGGAUGGCGAUCCCAUCAUGAUAUCUUCCGAGGACCGCCACCACCACCACAGGGAGGGAGUGGAGGUCCUGUUGAUAAGUCAUCCAUCAGUGCACUAUCAUGGAUCAGACACUUUCUGUGAUGACAGUGGUGAGUGUGAAGCUCUCACUGAGCCCCCCUCUCCUACCGAGAGUGAACACGAAGUCAUAGACAUUGAGCCGGACUCAGACAGUGAGAACGAGUGCUCAGAAAGAAACUCCUUAAUGUCAGGAGAAAAGUCACGGUCCUACGAUAAAAUGGGAAGAUCGUCAAGUCUUCAUGACACAAGUGAUGUUUAGAGGUUGAUCAGUAUGAAGUAAACCUUGCGUCACAAUACCAAAGAACAAAAGAGGGUAGAUGAACACAGAAGAGGCCAAAGAAAAAGACAGCGGCUAUCUUAGAUAACAUGUAUCUGUACUGAAAUCUCAUUUGUCUUGCUUUGUAUGAAUAUCUGUUUCUUGCAUUGAAUCAAUUAUUCCCAUUGUAGGAUCUCUCAUAGGUACAAAGCAUGCAACUGGUUGUUAGUGGAGCUUAAUUGAACACAAUUUUCAAUUCUUGCACGAUUUUUUAACUCAGCGUGAAAUGUCUUGCAUAACAACAUGAUUAAUAUUUGGUGAUUUUGAUAUUUUUUCAUAGUAAGUUAAAUUCAAUGCCUCUUUUACUCAUUUGGUAAAAUGUAUUUGUUGAUUAUUGGCAGGCAAGCCAAUGCAUCAGUAAAUGAAUAUAUAUAUUUAUGUUGUCUCUGCUUGUUGCAGUGUUUAUAAUGCAUAUAGUCACAGUUCACUCAUUGUAUCAACCAAAUUAAUUCACAUAUGUGAAAGUAAUCAUUGUCAUUAUCUGUUAUAUAUAGGUAUGUACUGUAAAUAUGUUGUGAUGCUGAAAGAGUAUGUAUGUACAGUUUCUUUUAUUUCAAAGUUUAUCUAAGGAAAUUGAGACACCUCUUUGAUUGACAUUUCAAUAUUUAAGUGACAUGCAUCCUUGAUCAUUUUAAAGACACCAUAUGCAGUGUUUUUCUUAUUUUUGUACAAGAUCAUGUCAAAGCAGCAUGGGAUGUAAUUACAUACUGUUUCUGUUUAUAAGUAAAUAUUCCAUUAUUUUGACACAGUCCCACCAUCAAAAUACAUGCAUAAAAUUUGGAAAUAAUAUUAAUGAAAAUAUAUUAAUUCACAGUGUAUAUCAGGUUAGCAUUAUAUCUUGCUUGAAAUGUCUUAAAAGGGUUUACAAUUAGAGACAGAAAAGAAUCAGGACAAGUUCAGACUGAGUGUGGUAUAGUGAAAGUGAAGAAUUAUAGUAAAAGUGAAAGUGCUGUGUAUUAAAAGUAAAAGUAGAGGAGCAUCAUUGAAAUGAAAGUGCUGUGUAGUAAAAGUGAAAGUAGGAGCAAGGCUCCCGAUUAUAUGUUGUUAGUAUAUUGUGUUGCUCUUGUUCAACAGGAUAUUAUUUGAAUGUUACUUAUUAAUGUUGCUGUGCUACAGUUGAAAUUAUUUCCAUGUAUAGUGUAGCCCUGCAGACAACGAAUUUAAGUCAAUUGUGCUAUGUUAUAUGUAGGCUUAAUUAUUGUAUGAUGGCGAUCAGAUGGACAUAUGUUGCACUUGUUAUCAACUCUUCACAAAAUAGCAUGAAAUCUUUCUUUAAAUUUAGGAUAAGAAUUCAGAACCGUUUUUGAAGCAAAUAUUUAUAUAUAAAUCUGGUCUAGAGAAUUUAUUUAUAAAAUUCUCAUAAAAAUGAUGGAAUUUUAAUCUUUUGUUAAAAGCAUUACAUGUUCUUGAUAAGAAACCACAGUAGAAAUAUCUUGGGUUAUGUCUUUAGCACAGCAGCUAUGUGAUAUCUUGUUGAUGUUGUUUAUUUAUUGAUAUUUACACAAUUUAAGGAAGUUCUACCUUUAUUUGACUUCAAUAUUAUGUGUUACAUAUUUAUGUUUUAUGAUAGUGCUCUAUGCCUCAUUAUAAAGAUCUACAGGUUAAUUUAUUUGUGUUAAACAAUGCAUUUUUUUUUUUUGCAGUGUGCUUUGCAAAUUUAUAAAGAACAUAUAACAUGUGAUGCUACCAAGUAAAUGCAAUCAGGUCAUUGGUUGCUUUAUUAAUCAGUGAUUUUAAGACAGAUUUUGGUUUUGGGUGACGCUAAGAUCUAGGGCCCAAUAUAGUAGUGCUUUUGCAUUUACCGUGUAUUGUAGUUUUAUUUAAGGCAGCUUAAGUCGUGUUCAGUUAGAACAUCUACAAAAGGUGGCAUAUUGAUUUAUCAUGUGUUUUAUUAUAACCCACAUUCUUUAUGAUGUCAGAUGAUUAUGUGAAGUAAUUCAUUGCUUUGGACUCUUUUUUUUAAAACUAUGAUUAUUUAUAUUUAAAUUAUUUCAAAUUUUUAAACAUUUUUCAAAAUGUAAGUUUGAUUUGAAAUCCCAAGGCAGUACAUAUACCAUGUUUCAUUCUAAAUUUUUCCUGGUUUGGUCCAAGUUGCAUCAAAGUUUAAUACAUAACCUAGCUUGUAAACUGCAAAUGACCCUUACUUAAUUUAUUAGGUUGUGCCUUGUAAGAAUUACAAAGCAAUUUAAAUUGUGCCUGGUUUUUUUUUUCUGCAUGUGUCUGUGGUUUGUUACCUAACCAUAAGUAUAAACAAAAGUCACAAAAACUAAGUGUAGAGUAGAACAGUGAUAAGAACGUCAAAGGGGUGAGCAAUUAUUGAUAUUCACAGACAAGUUAAGAAUUCAUGGUUAAAGCCCAGUGUAAAAGGUUUAUCACUAGUAACACCUGUAAAUACAACCCAUCACACAGUAACACAGUCACAGGGAAUGUUCACUAAUGGUCCCCUAACACUAACAGCACUGGUUACACACCCUUAUCUGUUUAGGGCAAAGCGCUGAUAUAAAAGAUUUAUUGAAGAGUUACUGGUUAAUAAGAUUCUUUUCAUCUGGUCGAUGUAUUAAUGAUUAUGAUUUUGCAGAUAACAUUUUUUGUUGCAGAUUUCAGAACAUUGCGUUAUCAUUUCCAUUUUUCCAUUCUUCAACAAGCAUAAUCUGAAGCUUAGGUAUACAAACAAAUUGUUUAGCAUCCAUUUGAUUUUAUUAUAUAUCAUACUGUUUGCAUAUAAGUACAGCACAUUGUAGGAGUGUCUGACUAUUGAGUAAAAUCAUGAUGCUAAAAGUUUGUUUUUCUCGACAAUUGUAUGAAUUGUGGUCAUUUUUUGUUUCAAGUAAUAGUACAUGAUGAGAUUUAUACUUGCCAAAAAAUGUAUACUUUCACUGUAAAUUAUACUUUCAGAAAUGUUAUUGUGUGUAUUUUCAGUGCCCUGUAAAUAAAUCUUUCUUAUUACUCUGUUAAUGUCUGAUAGAUGUGGAGUAUCAUACAGUGUUUAUUAAAAGUAACGUUAUUGUAAA